UGGACGCCGGGUCACGUCGGCAUCGAAGGGAACGAGAAAGCGGACGAAGAGGCGAAAGCGGCAGCCCAAGGGACAUCCAGCCCGGCGAGUACUUUACCUAAACUACUACGCAAACCGCUUCCCUGGAGCAAAUCUGCAGUGCGAAAGACAUACAAGAAGGAAGCAAAGGCGAUACGAGAAAAGCGAGAACGUCAAUCCAAACAUGUCCGGCGCAUCAGGCAACUCGACCCAAAGUUCACGCCGAGCCACUUCAGGAAGCUGGCU